UGAGGCGCUAAAGUAUUUCGCUUCAGUUAGGUACGACAGUUUAUUUUUAAUUUCACUCUUGUUUGAUGUACACGUGUUUCGCUGAGAAGAAAUGGUCGCGAAACGUAACAAUGUUAGCUUCGAAGACGCGUUAACUAUGACCGGUUAUGGCAAGUUCAACUUGUUGAUGUUCACGGUGUGCAGCAGUGUCAUCACGGGCAUGGUUUUCGAGGUGUUCUCUGUGUCGUAUCUUGUCCCAGCCAGUGCCUGCGAGCUGAACACCACCAGCACACAGCAAGGAAUCAUGGCCGGUAUACCAUUAACUGGUGUGAUCAUGACUUCGCACAUCUGGGGCUACCUAGCCGAUACCCGGGGCCGUCGGAAAAUACUCUCUAUCUGCAUGAGUAUUGGGUUCAUAGCCGGUUCUAUAGCUGCAUUCUCGCCGGACUGGAUUAGCUUCAGCGUUUUUAAGUUCACGUCUUCAGCUGCCUUAGGGGGCGCCUUCGCAUUAUCUAUGACCUUACUUAGCGAGUGUACUCUGGCGGCGAAGAGGAGUUCUCUUGUCAUUCUUACCACCACUGUUUUUAUGUUUUCCUCUGGAUUGAUGGCAUUGAUAUCGAUCCCUGUGCUGCCUCUCAAAUUCUCAUACUAUAUCUCAAUCUUGGACAUCCACUUCAACUCCUGGCGUCUGUUGAGCCUAAUCUUCAGUGCUCCAUCAGCAGCAUGUGCAAUUGCUGUUGCCUGUACAUAUGAGAGCCCGAAGUAUUUGGUCAGCGUCAGAAAAGAGGAAGAGGCCUUGAAGACUUUACGAGGAAUUUUCAUGAUCAAUAGCGGAAAGAGCGGGUCGCUGUAUCAGGUAGAUUCGGUAAUACUUGAUGAGAAACUUACAGAAAACACCAAAGGAAUAUUCCGGUCUAUGUUGGCGCAAACCUUGCCGCUGCUACAACCGCCGCUUUUGAAGCGCACUUUGUUAAUAGGAUUGUUGUUCGCAAUGAGUUACAUAGCUUUAAAUCCAUUCAUGGUGUGGUUGCCCUUCAUAGUAAACUCCUUCAUAUCACCAAGUGGUGGAAACGAAACAAAACUUACGCUCUGUCAGAUGGCUCAGCUAUUUAUGGAUACUACUAAAACUGUUCAAAAGCCCAGCGAUUGUACUAUGAACAAAUUCGCCAUGCUUGUUGUGUUCGGAAUGAACACGAUUCUGUCUAUAUUCAACAUGUUCUUAUCCAGUUUGGUGAGUUGGGCUGGCAGAAAACGAGUCUUUAUUGGCUUACAGAUAAUCGCUGGGUUGUCCGGCUUAUGUGUCAAUUUAUCAUCAAUCAAGUGGCUUAGUGCGAUCUUUUUCGUAAUUUUCUUACUGGCUAUACUCAACUUUGGCUUACUUACUACUUACAGUGUUGAUAUAUUUCCUACAUAUGUCAGAGCAAUGGCUGUCUGCUUGACACUAAUGGUAGGAAGGGGCAGUGCCGUCAUCGGUAUUAACGUAUUGAAGAUCUUAAUAGAGUCACAUUGUGAGGUGGCGUUUUACAUUUUCGGCGGUGUCACCAUAUGUAGCGGUCUAAUUGGAGUAUUAAUUCCUUCCGAUGCGCAACUUCUGAAGCUAAAACAGGAAGAUUCCGGAAAACCGUAGACAUUACAUAUGACUUUAACUAUAACAUCAAUCUUACCGUAAGGUGUUCAAUCGGUUCGAAAAUAGUUGUUGAGAAGAAAUGAGAAGAAAGAAGUGUUAAGAAUUCAGGUCAUCUGGCGUUACCUGAGCCCAUAAUUAGACCUGACUUUCUAACCGUUGCUGAGCGCAUUGUCAGGGUGCAAAGACUAUAAAAUCGGCUACCAUUAAAUUGUAAAUUAUUAUAUACUUCAUAUUUCAACGGAAGCUUUGACCUCACGUCUCAAGGACAUAGCAGAACAGUGGCAACUGGGUACUGAGCUCUGCCACUCAUCGAGGAUAAACAUACCCUAAAACCUAAGAAGGAAGUUGCAGCGGUCAGGAUAUGGCGUUUAAAUUGGAUUGGGCUAUAUCAAUCUAAGCUCUCACCUUCUGGUCUACGCGUCAGAUGAUACUCUGCUUUUAAAUCUUCUGGGAUACUACUAAACGUACAAAAAAUAAUAUAUUUUUGUUAUAUAUUUUUUAUAAAUCAUUGUGAAUAAAAUAAAGUUGAUAAUUUUGUAAA